AUGCGUAUGGGAAUCGCCUCUUAUCGUGCUGCUUUUUUGAAGUCAAAUUGGACGGUUUUGCAGGAAGAAAUUAGAGGAGUGUUCUGUUUUGUAUCGAAUGUGAACAAAGAGCGAGGAAGGCGAUGUCUGGUAUUCCUGGAACCGGAUAAGAAUGUUGAUUUCAUUAUGGAAACAAUCCGACAGUUUCUGAUAAUUUUACAUUUCUUAGAUCACACAUAUGUGAAUUUGUGUAACGUGCCAGCAGCUCUUGGCCUAGAGCGACAGCCAUGGUUUCAUGGCGAAAUGGAACGGGGCAUGGCCGAAUCGAUGAUGCGUUAUGAGGGAGAUUUCUUGGUGCGCAUCAGCCCGAACACCACGAACAAUUUCGUUCUUUCCGGAAUUGCAAAUUCUGCUGCGAAACACUUUUUGUUGCUUGAUGAAAAUGACUUGAAAGUAAGUUAUUUCACUCUUCAGUGCUUUUUUUUAUUUUAA